CUAAAGCUGCGUUCGGACGAGACCGUGCCGGGCUUCAGCUCGGCCUCGCCCUGGCCCACGCUCGAGCUGGAAUGGGGCCGCAAGCUGUAUCCCUCGUCGGUGCCACGUGGCGCCGGAGGGAUGAUGUUCGGCCUCCCACCGUCCGGGGCCGACAUGAACCAGCCGCGCGGCCCAAUGACGUCGCUCAAGGAGGAACCGCUCGGGGCCCGCGCCUGGAUGCAGCCGGCCGUCGAUCAGGCAAAUUUGGGUAUCGGACGGGCCCACUUCGAGAAGCAACCGCCAAGCAACCUGCGGAAGUCGAACUUCUUCCACUUUGUCGUGGCGCUGUACGAUCGGGCCGGGCAACCCAUCGAAAUCGAGCGGACCGCUUUCAUCGGUUUCAUCGAGAAGGACCAGGAAUCGGACGGUCAGAAGACAAACAACGGCAUCCAGUACCGGUUGCAGCUACUCUACGCUAAUGGUGCCCGCCAGGAACAGGAUAUCUUCGUGCGACUGAUCGAUUCCGUAACGAAACAGGCCAUCGUCUACGAAGGACAGGACAAGAACCCGGAGAUGUGCCGAGUACUGCUGACGCACGAGGUCAUGUGCAGAUUUUUCCUUAAGUUUUUCCUCAAGUGCAACCAAAACUGUCUGAAGAAUGCUGGCAACCCGCGGGACAUGCGACGAUUUCAAGUAGUGAUAGCGACCCAGGUGGCCGUGGACGGGCCGCUGCUGGCCAUCUCGGACAACAUGUUCGUCCACAACAACAGCAAGCACGGGCGCCGGGCGAAGCGGAUCGAUCCCGAAGGUACAGCCAACUCCCCCUUGGCAAUGUCGGGCCACCAUCUGGCCCCGGACAGUACGUACGACGGCAUCUACCCCCCGCUGCCGAUGGCUACGCCCUGCAUCAAGGCCAUCUCGCCGAGCGAAGGCUGGACCACGGGCGGUGCCCAGGUGAUUAUCGUCGGUGAUAACUUCUUCGACGGGCUGCAAGUCGUCUUCGGGACGAUGCUGGUCUGGAGUGAGCUUAUCACCUCGCAUGCGAUCCGAGUUCAAACGCCACCCCGCCACAUACCGGGAGUCGUCGAGGUAACCCUCUCCUACAAGAGCAAACAGUUCUGCAAGGGAUCGCCCGGUCGCUUUGUCUAUGUCUCCCUCAGUGAACCGACGAUUGACUAUGGGUUCCAGCGGCUCCAGAAGCUGAUCCCGCGCCACCCGGGUGACCCGGAGAAGCUGCCGAAGGAGAUCAUUCUUAAACGGGCCGCGGACCUAGCGGAGGCACUGUACUCGAUGCCUCGCUCACCGAACAGCUCGUCCGGCUUCAAUUCCUACAGCGGCCAGCUGGCGGUUAGCGUGCAAGACGGCACCGGUCAGUGGACUGAAGAUGAGUAUACUCGUGCCCAAAGUAGUAGCGUGAGUCCACGGGGUGGAUACUGUAGCAGCGCCUCGACACCGCACUCGUCCGGUGGCGGAUCGUACGGAAGCAGUAACGGGUACACAACGGCACCCAACAUGACCGGCCUGUCGUCUUCGCCUGCCAGCGUCUUCAAUUCUACCACAAGAAUCAACGGUCUGAUGAGUGGCGGCAGUGGCUUCAGUCCGUACUCGAUGACGACCUGUGGCACGCAGGGAUACACCCCAAGUCCGCUGGCGGCAACCACUACAACCAAAUGA